AUGAGGGUUAGGAACGGCGCGUUCUUUGGUAAUCUGUUUAGAAGCGCUCGUCUGUUUAGUGAAGCCUGGCGAUGCGCACCAACCGUUGUCUUCUCUCCACGGUUGGAUUACACGCUCGUCUUUUCUGCGUGCGGAUCUGUGCCUUGCUUUCAGUUGGUGUGUUGGGAAUGAGGGUUAGGAACGGCGCGUUCUUUGGUAAUCUGUUUAGAAGCGCUCGUCUGUUUAGUGAAGCCUGGCGAUGCGCACCAACCGUUGUCUUCUCUCCACGGUUGGAUUACACGCUCGUCAGUCUCUUAUUUGGUAGCGUCUGUAUUGCCGCAAGGCACAGAUCCGCACGCAGAAAAGACGCAGCGCAUAUCCAAGAUGGCUACGACCACGGUGGAUUCCGGGUCCGCCAUUCAUCGCGGCCUUAUGGGCGACUUGUAUGGCAACGUCGACGCCACGAAUUGGGGAACGGCCAAGGAUCGACUCCAACGGGUGUUGGAGGGCGAUGGCCGGUUCAAGCACGUCACCACCGAACUCAGCGUUGGCCCAGAGCCCGAACAGUCCGAGUUCACCCGUACGCAAGGUGGCUCCACAGUGGCCGACGUAGCCACGUUCCGUACACAACAUCGGAUCUACCGUCAUGACGUCGACGACCUCGAUCAAGCCUUGGCGCAGGCCCGCAACAUCUUGUUCGUGUGCCUGGGGGAGGCCACGUUCGCGCGCAUUGCAGAUCAGCCAACGCACGAGCUGUGGGCGGCCCUCGAUAAGGAUCUCGGCGCCGCAUCCCACGACUUCGCACGGUCGGAGAAACUCGAUGCCCUGUUUUCGUACCAAGCCUACGUCGACGGAGACCCUCUCGACCCUUGGUUGUCGCACUUCAACCGGUUGUUCACCGAUCUCAACGCCGCGCACGUUUCCCGCGACAAGGCUUACCAGCGCGCCAAGAUCGACGGGGUCAAGUACACGCAAGCUGAGUUUGACAAAUGGGUUCCGCCGCCUGCGUUGUCGGAAGGCAUCCGCAUGGACCUCUUGAAGGCGAGGAUGCCACGGCCUAUUGUCACGGUUAUCGACGCCCUCGGCCCUCUCCCGUCGCUCAGUGAUGUGGAGGGCGCGAUUCGUCGCGCGGCGAUGUCUCGCUCUUCCGGCACCGACGUCGCCGAAGCCCUCGCGGCGAAGACUCAGGGUCGUCGCAGGCGCCCCGCUCGUUCGUCCGGCAAACCGAAGUCCAGUUUUCUCCCGGCUUCAAAGGUACCGGGUCUCGUGGACAAGUGGCCGCACGGGGUUGCGCAGAACGGUCGCCUGAGGCUGGGCCCGUUGCAGUGUCGGAAAUGCUACGAGCAGGGUCAUCUUGGCGACGAAUGUACCGUCCCCGCGACCGAACUGUCCCGUCGUCGGGUUGCCGUCUUAGCCAAGCACAACAUCUCCAUCGGCGCGGCCGACGCGAUGGCGCUCGUGGCUGAGUACGGUCCCGACCCAUCGGUUGACGACGACUCUUACGAGAUUUUUUUUGCCGACGUCGCCCUUGACACCGAAGUCUCUGCGCUGUACUUGCACGACGGUCCCCGCUACCUCCUCGACUCGGGGGCGACGCGCCACAUGACCACUCGUCGGGAUCUCUUGGUCGAUUUCCAGCCUUUCACGACGGAGCGUGUGCGCGUAGUCGGCGCAUUCAAGUCCAGCGCCAUGGCUGUCGGCAAGGGCACCCUUCGCUUUGACGCCAAUGGGGUGCCUCUCGAGCUCCGCGACGUCCUUCUCGUCCCGGGUCUGUCCGCCGAGCUCGUCUCUCUUGCCAGUCUCAUGAAGGACGGGUACCAGCUGUCUGGGAUUUGCGACGCCGCGGGCGAACAUUCUGGUCUCACCGUCUCGGGUCCGGCUUCGAACCUCACCUUCGCUCUCGAUCGCAACCACUACGUUCUCCAGGCGCGUCCGGCCUCACCUCCUCUGGCGGAUCACCAAGCGCUGACAGCCACCUCCUUGCCUACAGAUGUAGUGCUUUGGCAUCAGCGUUUGGGUCAUCUGUCCUGGGGUCAUUUGGUAGAACUUGCUAAGUCGGGCGACAUUUCCCUCGACAUCUCUGCUGUAACCCGGGAUCAACUUCGUCUCCUUGAUCAGUGCGAUGCCUGCUGCUCCGGCAAGGCCGUGUCUGCCCCCAGUCGUGAGGCUGCCCACCACCCCGCCGACGCACCUUUCGCUCGGGUCUUCGCCGACGUGUGGAGGCCUUCCCCUGUCCCUGCUCUCUCCGGCGUCCGAUAUCUGUGCGGUAUCACGGAUGAAUACUCACGUUUUCGCUGGGUUCGCGGCAUUCGGCUCAAGAGCGAGGCUUCGUCCGUACUCAAGGGCUUCGUUGCGAUGUCGAAGAUCCAGUACACUGGCCCGGGAGUGGCGACCUUGCGCACAGAUAGGGGGGGUGAGUUCGUCAACAACGACCUCCGGGAUUGGCUUGCUGAGCGGGGCAUUUUUCACGAGCUAUCCACGGCAUACGAGCACGGUCAGAUGGGCAUACAGGAGCGGAGUUGGCGUACAAUUUUCAACUCUGUUCGGGCGUGGCUUCAUCGUUCGGGACUGCCGUCAUCGCUGUGGGAAGAGGCUGCGCAGGCGGCCAUCUACGUUAUCAACCUCCUCCCGUCGUCGCCUCUGCAGCAGCGCACCCCUGAUGCCGUUCUUCACGCCGCUGCGGGUCCUGUUACGUCCACCCAAUAA